UCAGGAUUGCGCCCACUUUUUCCGAGUAUAAAUAGCCCCCUCUGUUUUCCCCUGUAACCUAUCAAAAACUUGUUGGUUCUAGUCUCUAACCCACAGACUUCUCUUCUCUCUUUUUCUUUGCAAUUUUCAGUAAAAAAUCCAUGGCGGGCAUUGUUGUUGUCUUUGAUUUUGAUAAGACCAUUAUUGACGUCGAUAGCGAUAACUGGGUUGUUGAUGAGUUGGGAGCUACAGACUUGUUCAACCAACUCCUCCCCACCAUGCCCUGGAACUCUCUCAUGGACAGGAUGAUGGAUGAGCUUCAUGCACAAGGCAAGACCAUUGAAGGCAUUGUUGAGGUUCUGAAACGGGCUCCUAUUCAUCCCAGGAUUGUCCCUGCCAUUAAAGCUGCUCGUGAUUUAGGGUGUGAUUUGAGGAUUGUUAGUGAUGCUAAUUUGUUCUUCAUUGAGACAAUUUUGGAUCAUCAUGGGAUCAGGGAUUGUUUCUCUGAGAUUAAUACUAAUCCUGGCUUUGUUGACGAAGAAGGGAGGCUCAGAAUUUCCCCUUACCAUGAUUUCACCAUUUCUGCCCAUGGCUGCAAUCUCUGCCCUCCAAAUAUGUGCAAGGGUUUGAUUAUUAAGAGGAUCCAGGCUUCUUUAUCAAAAGACGGCAGCAAUAAAAAGAUAAUCUAUCUUGGUGAUGGCACUGGCGAUUAUUGUCCAACCUUGAAGCUUACGGAGGAAGAUCAUGUGAUGCCCAGGAAGAACUUUCCAGUUUGGGAUCUGAUUUGCCGGAAUCCGAUGCUCGUGAAGGCGGAGAUUCAUGGUUGGACUGAUGGUGAAGAGCUUGAGAAGAUUCUGCUUCAACUUAUUAGCUCAAUUUCUGCUGAAGAAAGCAAUAACAACUCUGCCCAAUUAAUUUCUGGAGACUGCAAGUUACAAAUAAUAUCAGCUUCUGCUGCACAUGAAACCUUGCCACAAGCUCUCCCGGUUCCCCAAUAAUUACAGGAUAAUUUUUACUAUAGACUGAUGCAAGUAUGCAAGCAACGUGGCACAAAAAAUUUGUGUAACGUAGCCCAUAAGAAUGUAACCUUUUUAGUUUUGUGACUUCUAGUUGGCAAUUAUGUCAGGAAAUAGAAAUGGGUACUAAAGUUAAUGCUUCAUUUACCCAAUUUUCUCA